AUGGUGCGGCUCACGCGCCGAACGGGCACGACGCCGUCGCAGUCUGCGCGUCACGAAUCGCCUCCCAUCCAACCCGAUGGCGAGACGGACCAACUGGCCGACGAGAUGAACCCCACACAACAGCAGCUGCCACCGUCGACGUUUGCAGCCAAGAGCGAGGCGGACCACAUCAAGAUCAUGCUCGCUACGGACAACCACGUCGGCUACAUGGAGCGCGACCCCGUGCGUGGGCAGGACUCGAUCCGCACAUUCGAGGAGAUCCUCCAGCUCGCGGUGCAGCACGAUGUGGACCUCAUCCUGCUCGGAGGCGAUCUGUUUCACGAGAACAAGCCGAGUCGAUCGACGCUCCACCAGACAAUGGCCCUGCUGCGACAGUAUACGCUCGGAGACAAGCCGAUUGCCGUGGAGCUGCUCAGCGACCCCAACGACGGCGCCAUGCCCGGCAACCACUUUCCUGCCGUCAACUAUGAAGAUCCCAACCUCAACGUCAGCAUUCCCGUCUUCUCCAUCCACGGCAACCACGACGAUCCGCAGGGUGUGGGCGAAGCCGGCGCGCUGUCGGCGCUCGAUCUGCUCUCCGUCUCGGGUCUGAUCAACUACUUUGGCCGAGUCGAGCUGCCCUCGGACGAUGCCACCGCCGGCGCCUCCUCAGCCAAGACGGCUCGUGGAGGUGCGUUUCAGGAAAAGGGAAUCCGCAUCAAACCGGUGCUGCUGCAAAAGGGCGACACGAGGCUCGCGCUGUACGGCAUGGGCAACAUCAAGGACGAGCGCAUGCACUUUGAGCUGCGCGCCAAUCGCGUGCGCAUGUAUCGGCCGCAGGAGGAUCCGGACUCGUGGUUCAACAUCCUGUGCGUGCACCAGAACCGAGUGGCGCACAACCCCAAGGCCUGCGUGCCCGAAACCAUGUUUGACGACUCGAUCCACCUGGUGGUGUGGGGCCACGAGCACGAGCAGAUGAUCCAGCCGCAGCCGGUCACCGAGAAGCGCUACCACAUCACCCAGCCGGGCAGCAGCGUCGCCACCAGCCUCAGCCAGGGAGAGACCGUCGAAAAGUGCGUCGCCAUUAUCCAUGUCGAAAAGACCGACUUUCUCAUCGAGCCCAUCCCGCUCCAGACGGUGCGUCCGUUUGUGAUGGACGACAUGGUGCUGUCGGAAGAACUCGAAGAGGCCGGACUGUCUUCGGAACGCAGCGACAUCAUCAAGCUGCUGCGCAAGCGCGUCGGUGGUCUCAUCGACCGUGCCAAGCGCGAGUUCAAGGAGCGCCACCCGCAGCGCGAGAUGCCGCUGCCCCUGGUACGCCUGCGCGUCGAGUACACCAACCAGGAGAUCAGCAACCCUCAGCGCUUUGGCCAGGAGUUUGCCGGCAAGGUGGCGAAUCCCAAGGAAGUGCUGCAAUUCACCAAGCGCAAGAGCCUCCGCAGCGGACGUCGGGGUGGCGACGGCGAUGCGGCCAACGGCAAGAGCGCGUACGUGGAUGUGGAAGAGGAGGGCCUGCUGGCGGUGGAGCGGCUGGAAAAGGUGGACGUGGGCAAGCUGGUGCAGGAGUAUCUGCAAGCGCAGAACCUCGACAUUCUCAAUCCCGAGGGUCUGGAAGGAGCGGUGCUCAACUUUGUCGAGAAGGACGACCGCGAGGCGAUCGACAGCUUUGUGACCAAGAUGCUGCGCAAUACCGUCAAGGGGCUAGUGACGAUCGAUCCGGAAGAGUCGCGCAUCGAUGGCGAGCUCGAGCGGCUGCGUCAACACCACCAGCAACAGCGUCAGCAGAUGGAGGAAAUGGACGUCGAAGACGACGCUCCCCGUACGAGGGGGGCCACACGCGGACACGAGUCGGACGAUUCCAUGAUGGACGAGCUCGUCGAGCCGCCUGCCACUCGCACUCCUGCACGCGCCCGAGGCAGAGCUGCUCAACGCCGGGCAGAACAAGAGGACGAAGACGACUUUGACGAAGAUCUCGACGACGAUCGACCUGCCGGUGGUGCUCGAAGAACCGCCGGCUCCAGCAGGGGUGCCAAGCCAUCUGCGCCCGCACGAGGGGCUCGUGCGACCACCUCUCGAACGACCUCUCGAACGCGCACGUCUGCUCCUGCGCCAACAUUCCUCGGCCAAGAAUCAGCAUAUGCAGACGAGCACGACGAUUCGGACGUGGGGGUGGACGAAUCGCGCUCCACACCGGCACCACCCGCUCGCGGCCAUGCGAGCGUGCUCGAGAUGCUCAACCAGCGAUCCACCACCAGCUCGACGAGGACCAAAAAGCCAGCGCCCGCUGCCAAAGCGAGCCGGGCCAAGAAGCCAGCGGCGAGGCAGAUGCAGGAGAGCAUUCAGAUCAGCGACGACGACGACGACGACGACGACGAUGAUUUUGUUCAGCGCCGUAAUGCAGCGCCGGACGAUGAUGAUGACGACGACUUUGUCGAGCCGGCAUCGACUUCGAAGCGGACCGCAGCGAGGCCGACACGUCGAAGUGGCCGGUGA